AUGGAGGCCUCCGAAGACACACAAUCGCCCUUUCUGCCCAUGUUCGAGACCUUCCGCGCCGAACUCGACGAACACCACGACCGCCGCGAACGCACCAUCAAAGCAUCGCGAGACAUAACCGCUGCAUCAAAGAAGAUGUCCUAUCUUUACCCUUCAAAGGUGCGAUUGAAACAAAAAGAAGCCCUUCACGACAACUCCAGCGACAGAAAGCUGAUUGGUAUGCAACCUAGAAUCCGCAAACUUGCACAACCGCUGCCCGCACACGUCAACAAGAAUAAUGCGCAAUACUACGAUAUCAUCAAUCAGCGCUACAACACAAUCUCUGCCGAACUCCAAGGACUGAACGCUUGGAGAUAUGCCCGCAAUAUUACCGGUGGCAAUCAGGAGUACAUGGAGGCUGCUAUUUUCCAGCACUAUCUCACCACUGGAACAUUGCUCACAUAUGAAGACUCGGUAGAGCAAUUGCGUACACUGGGUGGACAGGGUGGUCCGGUACAACUCACAGUCGAGGAUUAUCUGCUUGGUGUCUUUGAUAUGACGGGCGAGUUGAUGCGUUUCUCCAUCACUACCAUGGCUACGGAUGGUAAGCUGCCUUCGGUCGAGUCGAGCGAUAGCACCGCAUCGGCGGACAAGAUGGAUGUGGAUACCCAACCUGGCAACCACAGAGACGUGCUCACAGAUCUGCGCGCACUGCGGUCAGAGCUAGAAGGCUUGAAUGUGGGCUUUGGCAGUUCAUUCGCCCGUGAUGUGGAUAAGAAGAUGGAUGUUAUGCAGACGAGUGUUGAAAAGGUGGAAAAGGCAUUGUACGGUCUAGUCAUCCGCGGCAGAGAGCGACCAAAAGGUUGGAUGCCCGAUCUCGACUCUGGUCCACGCAGAGAUGUCGAAGUUGAUGCUUAG